AUGAGUCAAGUUGUGUUGAAGGAUCUUUUUGCUAGAGACGCUCCUCUACGUGAGCAACUCAACAAAGAAGCAACAAAUUUGCAAAAGGUCGUCUUGUCGGAACGUCAAUUUUGCGAUCUUGAACUUAUUUUAAAUGGCGGCUUCAGUCCUUUGGAGGGAUUUAUGACUCAAGAGGAUUAUCAAAGUGUCGUUCACAACUUGCGCUUAAAGUCCGGUGCCGUAUUCCCCAUUCCCGUUACCCUGGACGUGAGUGAGAAGUUGGCCGAAUCCAUCAAGGUGUCAGACCGUGUCGCGCUUUUGGAUCCUAGAGACGAACAAACAGUGUUAGCCAUCCUCACCGUGGAAGACCAGUAUGUGCCCGACAAGGUUGUGGAAGCUGAAAAGGUUUUUGGAGCUAAUGAUCGUGCCCACCCUGCUGUAGAAUACUUAUUUGGUACUGCAGAUAAUGUUUAUCUUGGUGGUAAGCUUCAAGCCGUUAACCCUAUACGCCACUUUGAUUUUGUUGCCUACCGUUAUACCCCUUCCGAGCUCCGUUCAGAGUUUGAGCGUAACAACUGGAAGCGUGUCGUUGCUUUCCAAACCCGUAACCCUAUGCACCGUGCUCACCGUGAACUUACUGUACGCGCUGCUAAGCAACACUCUGCCCGUGUGUUGAUCCAUCCUGUCGUGGGUAUGACCAAACCAGGUGAUAUUGAUCAUUUCACCCGUGUUCGUGUUUACGAAGCCAUUCUCCAACGUUAUCCCAAGGGAUCUGCCAAGCUCUCUCUUCUUCCCUUGGCUAUGCGUAUGGCUGGUCCUCGUGAGGCCUUGUGGCAUGCCAUCAUUCGUAAAAACUACGGUGCUAGUCAUUUCAUUAUUGGCCGUGACCAUGCUGGUCCUGGAAAGAACAGCCAAGGCCAAGACUUUUAUGGUCCAUAUGACGCUCAAUACUUGGUUGAGCAAUACUCUCAUGAAAUUGGAAUCAACAUUGUUCCUUUCCAAAUGAUGACCUACUUGCCUGACGAAGAUAUUUACAAGCCCGUCGACCAAGUUGAAGCCGGUACCCGUACUCUCAAUAUUAGCGGUACCGAACUUCGUCGCCGUCUUCUUGUAGGUGCUCACAUUCCUGAGUGGUUCUCUUACCCUCAAGUUGUAUCAAUUUUGCGUCAAUCUUAUCCCCCUAAAUUUUCUCAGGGUUUCGUUUUGGUCGUUCCUGCUACUGCAGAUAAGCUCGUCCCUAGUGCUUUGGUUUCCGCUCUCAAUGAAGAUGGUCGCCGUCACGUAAGUUUUGUUCCCCAUCUAGACGCUACUACUUUUACUUUUGCCCAAGAACUUCAACGUGCCGGUGCUGCUGUUGUAGUUUCUUUGACCGAGGCUGACAAGUCCAUCCAAAUUCCAGCCAACUGGGUUCAAGUCAACAUAGGCCACGAUGAAAGUGUAUCUGAAGUCACUUUUACCGUUCUUUCCAAGCUGUCUGAUGAAGGCUAUUUGUAA